GCAUCAUUCUGAUAACAGCGAUUGCAUUUCUUUGUUGAUUUUUUAUUUGUUUUAGCAGUUUUCAGAAGUGCUAGUCUGCGUAUUUAAUAAAAAUAUUAAAAUUAUGAGCCUUGAUGACGUGAUCUACGUCAUCUGCCUACUUGGCUGUAUCGGCGUUGGACAUUAUAUCAAAAAAAUAAGCGAUGAAACGCAACGAAAAUUUAUUAGCACCGGACUCGGAUUGCUGGUGGUUUUUAUAGCUUCAGGGUACCAUGCCUUGCAUUGCAUUACUUCUACGGUCGUAGGAGCGUUGGCUGUAAUCUACGUGCACCCAAGCCAAGGCCACUUGAUUACAUUUUGCAUAAUGUUCGGUUAUUUGGUAUUCUUUCGUUUGGUACAUUGGUUUGGUCUGCCAAAUUAUCCUGGCCACACCAAUAUGGUACAGAUGAUACUGACAUUGAAGGUUUCCGGUGUAGCCUUUGAAAAGACGGCUGCUUGGAAAAAAUUGCGGCAACGUGAUAAAGAAAUUGCUGAAAGAAAGACUGCUGAAGGCACAACAUCAAGCGAACAGCUGGUGGAAAUUACAGAUUACGAUGUAGAGUUACAAAAUAUAGGAUUUGUUGAGAUCUUCCAUUAUUGCUUUAACUAUAUUGGCGUCUUAACAGGUCCAUAUUACCGCUACCGCACAUACCUCGAUUAUUUCGAUAUGCCAUUUAAAGACUAUGCGCCUCAUAUUGCCGCUACAAUAGAGAAACUAAAGUAUGCCGGUCUCUACUGCUCACUUUAUUUGGUCGCUAACUACAUAUGGCCGCUUGAGUAUGCCUUGAGCGAUGAGUUCUAUAAAGAGCGUUCAUUUAUCUAUCGCCUUAUGUACGUAUGGCCGACAUUCUUUGUCUUUCGCAUGCGCAUAUACACUGGCUUAACGCUAAGUGAAUGCGUUUGCACUAUGGCAGGGUUUGGCGCUUAUCCCGACGACGCUGAUGUUGCGAAUGGUGAAGGUCCACGGAAACAGUAUGCACAUUUGAAACGUGAUGCUGAAAAACAUAGCUAUAAUUUCACAACAAUUGUAAAUACACGAGUACGCAGCGUAGAGACAUGCUGGACAUUCCGUGAAGGUAUGAAACAUUGGAAUAUAUGUAUCCAAUACUGGUUGGCGGUGAACGUUUACAAGCUAUUCCCAAGCAAGAAGUACAGAACCAUCGUUACAUUGUUAUGUUCCGCCUUUUGGCAUGGUUUUCGUCCUGGUCACUAUUUCUGUAUUAUGGGUGCACCGUUUUACGUUUCCCUGGAAGAUAUGUGGAAUAAAUUAGUGCGCAAGGACACUGUCGGCCUGCAGCGCCAAAUAAUCGAUGUUAUCUUUUGGAUUGCAAAAUUUUUUGCAUUCAGCUACCUUGGCAUUGCUUUCCUUCUAGCAUCAUUCACUAAUAUAUGGACAUUUUACAGCUCUGUAUAUCAUAUUGGUUAUGUGGGUUGGUUUGUUAUGAUGGCCUUGGGAGUAUAUUUGACAAAAAUUAAAAAGGCAGCGGAAAAACGGCGACAGCAAAAGGAUAUGAAUGAAGCAAAUGUUGCCAAUGCAGAAAAGGAGAUACUAAUAAAAGCCGAAUAAAUAUGAGAGGGCCUUGUAAUUAUAGUCGAGAGAAAUGAACUAUACAUAAUUAUAAAAUUAUAUAUUUAUAUAUGUGCUAUAUAUGUAUUAUUAUAUACAAAUAUGCUGUAAUGGCUUUAUACAUACAUACAUAUACAUACAAUAUUUACUCCAGGGCAGUUGAAAUCAAUAGAUGUACUGAAUAGCUUUAAAAUUUGACAAUGCGAAAAGGUGUAUGUAUUACCGUACUAAGAAGGUACUAGUUUUAUACGUAUACUACAGAUAAACGAGUUUCCAUUAGCUUAGUAUUUUAUGACACUACUACUAUUAACACUAAAGCACAACGUUUUGUCGAAAAUGUGAUAUGUAUUUAUUAUUUUAUGCCGAGCUGAUAAGUUCGUUAGCAUUCGAUUUGAAGAACGCAACAAUUUUUAUAUGCAGUUGAUUGUAAGUUAAUGUAUUGCUUUAUAUAUACAUAGUAUGCAUGUAU